AUGGCCGAUGUUUCACAGUUGUAUACAGAAGAGCAGUCACCUAAUUUCAUUCCAAAUUUUUAUUCUGAGAAAUUACGACAGAUAGCACAAGCCUUAUCUGCAAUCAAUCAAAACCCUUCUGCUUCACAAACUUCGACAUUAGCUCCUUCAACUCCUGUUGUUCCACUUCAUGAUCCAUCCUACUUAAGCAUCCAUCCUCCACCUUCCAUUCCUCUUUCACCUCCUAUUCCUUCACCUACUACUUCGUCGUCUCCUCCACCUUCUCCAGAUUUGCCCACUGAUUCCAAUCCUAUCCCGCCUGAUACAUCAGCUCCACUCCGACGUUCUACUCGCACUAAACAGCCUCCAGCUUGGCAUAAGGAUUAUGAGAUGUCUUCUGAAGCCAAUCAUUUAACCUCUAGCUUAAGUCCCGACACUGGCACCAG